AUGAAGAGAACUAUAGAGCAGUGCAAUGACACUUCAACUACAACUAUAAAUUGUUCGACCACCACCACCACUACUUCUAGUGAUGAAUUUACAAUCGAUCUAAUCGAUACUGAUAAAGACGAUACUGAUGAUGAUCUAUUUAAUGAUUUCUUUUUGGAUACAUCUACUGAGUUACAACCGACAACAACAUUAACAACAAAUAUAAAUAAUAAUAAUAUUAGUAACAAUAAAAGUAACAACAAUAAUAAUAAUGGUAGUGGUCGUUUAACUCCGAUAUCAUCUUCAACUUCACCAAUUAUCACAGGAAAUCAAUUAAUACCUAAAUCACAACAAUCACAGUCAUCACAACAGCAGCAACCUCAUCAACCUACUACACCAACUAAAAGCAAUAUAAUCAAACCAUUAUUAAACCAUCGUUGUGGUGGAAGUAAUAACAACAAUAAUAGCGCUAAAAUAGAUAAAUUUAAAGAGGUAGAGUGUCCAUUUUGUUUUAAAAUGUUUUUAGCUUAUAAUAUCAACGAUCAUAUUCCUCAUUGUCAAAACUCAUCGUCAACUCCCAAAAAAAAACCUAAUAUCACGCCACCAAAUACCAACGCCAACAACAACAAUAAAAUAAAUAGUUUCUUUGUACCUAAAAAUAAUCAUGCCUCUCAAACCAACAAUAAUACAAUUAAUAAUUAUUUUAUAAAUAAUAAAACAAAUAAUAAUAAUAAUAAUCAUAAUAAUGAUAAUAAUAAUCAUCAAUCAGAUAAUUUAAGUAAUAAUAAUUAUAGUAGUAGUAGUAAUAAUAAUAAUAGUAAUAAUGAUAAUGAUAAUCAAUUUCAAGUAGUUGGAAAUAAUAAAAAUGGUUUGGAUGAAAUAGAGAAAGCACAUUCAGCUUUGUUCAAAAAAGGUAUUCCAUUGUCUGAGAAGAUGAGACCGUUGUCACUUGAUUUUUUUAUUGGACAGGAAGAACUUUUGAAUGGAUCGAUGUUUUAUGAAAUGAUAAAGUCUGGUGCACCACCUUCCUUCAUUCUUUGGGGUCCUCCGGGAUCAGGAAAGACAACCAUAGCUAAACUGGUCGAAAAGAACACUAGUUCUCAUUUUGUUAUGCUCUCUGCAGUGCACAGUGGUGUUGCUGACAUGAAACAAGUAGUUACUCAAGCCAUUGCAAGAGAAUCUGGAUUAUUAAAACAAAAAACUAUAUUAUUUAUUGAUGAAAUUCAUAGGUUUACAAAAUCACAACAAGAUUUCCUGUUACCUUAUGUGGAGAAUGGUACAUUUACAUUGAUUGGUGCUACAACAGAGAAUCCAUCUUUCGAGGUGAACGGUGCGUUAUUGAGUAGAUGUCGAGUGUUUAAAUUGCAAAAACUAUCGCAACAACACAUCCAAACCAUUUUAAAGAGAGCUAUCGAUAGCUAUUGUAAAUAUACAUCAAAAAAAAUAACAGUCGACGAACAAGGUCUCGACUCUUUAUCUAGCUUUUCGGAUGGUGAUGCAAGAACUGCUUUAAAUGUAAUUGAAAUGGUAAUUAAAGGAACACCUGGUGAUACCAUUCACAUUUCAAAAGAAAAGUUGAGCGAACUAACACAAACUAAAACAUUCUUACAUGAUAAAAAAGGAGAAAGUCAUUACAAUAUGAUAAGUGCUUUGCAUAAGAGUGUUAGAGGAAGUGAUGCAAAUGCUUCUACUUAUUGGUUAACUAGAAUGUUGGAAUCAGGAACAGAACCUUUGUUUAUAGCAAGAAGAAUGAUAAGAAUGGCAAGUGAAGACAUUGGAUUGGCAGACCCAUUGGCAAUGGGAAUAACAGUUGCUGCUUUUCAGGCUGUUCAGUUUGUUGGAAUGCCAGAGGCAGCACUCAGUUUAUUGCAAGCAGCAGUGUAUCUUGCUCAAGCACCAAAGUCUAAUUCUCUCGAGUUGGCCUAUAUGAAGACAAGAGAAUUUCUACUGUCUAAUCAGAGUCCUCCUGUACCACUACAUAUUUGCAAUGCUCCUACUGACCUGAUGAGUAAGCUUGGAUAUGCACAAGGCUAUCAGUACAACCAUGCCUAUGAAAAUCAAUCGGAAGUUACUCAAACCUAUCUACCAGAAUCAAUUGCCAAUGAAGUAUUCUUUCAAUACAAACAGACAUGCAAAGGUACUGAAAGACCAACACAUCCAAGUGUAUCAGCUCCACCUGCUAUUGCCGACCAAUCUGUAUAUAAAUACCCAACUGAUGAACAUGACAAAUUAUUAGGUAAUGACAAUGUUUCAAAAGCAAAACCUGUAAAUGGACUAUUACCACUGUUUAAACAUUAA